CGUUCUUCAAGACGUGCCAAAUGGCGCCGAGACCGCGAUGCACAGUACUUUGUCAUCUUCCGAUGAAUCGGAAGCAGAUUACUUUUGCAAUUUCGGUCAGUUCGGCGACUCUUUGGAUACGCCACCGGCUGGUUCGGCGUCGGCUUUGUCUCUAGCUUAUCAACGAAUGUUCAUGACUGAUGAAAAGCAAAACGACGACGAAACGAAUAUCGAAACGAGUAUGGAUAUUGACAUGCAUGCGUUACUGAAUCUUUCGCCUAUUCCCGAGGUAGCCGAAAUACCCGCUUCCAUGAGUGAGACGACGACUGCACAAAAGCCCUUUGACGCGGUUGCGGAGCUGUGGGGGCAGGGCCAGCAGGUUAUGGAUGGCGCUACUGUACUUAACACACAAGCGCAAACUCAAACUCAAAUUGUCCCUGAGCAACGGACCCACAUGCAGACGCAAGUUGCUUCUCCGUCGUCCAAAAGUAGUAGCAGUGGCUUCUCAUCUGAGAACGAGGCUGGACUGGAGACGUACGCGCUGGCUGUUGGCUUCAACGCAAGCGGCGCGUCCUUAUACAAUUAUACUUGUCCUUCGACGAGUGGCAGUUCGUGCACGGACAGUCUAAACGAAGACUUGUUUCACCUCGACCUCGACAUGGAUCCGGUCCUCGGCCUUGGGCUCGGGUGUUCACCAGCGCAGCAACUACCGGCUUCAGCGCUGAGCUUCACUGCCCUCGGCGGAGGUAGCAGUGGUAGCACUUCAGGCCCAGAAGUUUUAUCACCCGUUGACCCAGACGACAUCUUUGCGUAUGAUAGCGAGCGUGGAUUGUUCAGUCUCAAUACGUCUCCUGGCUAUGGAUACGGACAGGGCUUUGAACUCGGGAUGACCAGCGCUAAUUCUGGGUUCGACUACGGACUUUGAGUUUCGGUUUUUUUUGUUGACCUUCUAAUGCAUAUUCUUCGCCUUCGCUUACCUCGUUGUUUCUUACCGAUUAUCCUAUCCUCCCUUUUUGUUCGUGAACUGUAAUAAGGGCACGAUACAACCGUAGAGAUCCCGAACGUCCGAUUUAUUUGUAUUUAUGCAGUUCGCUUUUCGCCCCACUUCUUUUGUCCCUUUGCUUCCUACGACCCUGGUUAUUUCGG